GGGAGGUCGGGCCCAGAGUCCAGCCCCGCCCGGGCUGUCACGUGAGGGUGGCACGCGGGUCAUGUGACCGCAGCCCGAGGCAGAGCGGAGAUGGGGAUCCAGCUCCAGCCGGCCCUCCCCCGGGCCCUGACCCUGCUGCUGGCGCUGGGGCUGUGCAGCCCGGAGGCUGGGGCCCACAGAGUCCCCCAGUGUGACUUCCAGGAGGGCUACUUUGAGCAGCUUCUGGACCACUUCAACUUCGAGAGGUUCGGCAACAAGACCUUCCUCCAGCGGUUCCUGGUGUCAGAGAAGUUCUGGAAAAAGGGCGAGGGGCCCAUAUUCUUCUACACGGGCAAUGAGGGCAACGUGUGGUCCUUCGCCAACAACUCGGGGUUCAUCCUGGAGCUGGCGGCACAGCAGGGGGCCCUGGUCGUCUUCGCGGAGCACCGGUACUACGGGAAGUCGCUCCCUUUCGGAGAGCGGUCCACACAGCGCGGGCACACGGAGUUGCUGACCGUGGAACAGGCCCUGGCCGACUUCGCGAGGCUGCUCAGCGCGCUGCGGCGGGACCUUGGGGCCCAGGACACCCCCGCCAUCGUGUUCGGUGGCAGCUACGGGGGGAUGCUCAGCGCCUACAUGAGGAUCAAGUACCCGCACCUCGUGGCUGGGGCGCUGGCAGCCAGUGCACCCGUUGUGGCUGUGGCCGGCCUCGGUGACUCCUACCAGUUCUUCCGGGAUGUCUCGGCGGACUUUGAAGGCCAGAGUCCCAAGUGUGCCCAGGGCGUGCGGGAUGCAUUCCGGCAGAUCAAGGACUUGUUCAUACGGGGAGCUUAUGACACGGUCAGCCAGGAGUUCGGCACCUGCCAGCCCCUCUCCAGCCAGAAGGACCUGACCCAGCUCUUCGGGUUUGCCCGCAACGCCUUCACGGUGCUGGCCAUGAUGGACUACCCGUAUCCCACUGACUUCAUAGGGCACCUUCCUGCCAACCCGGUCAAGGUUGGCUGCGACCGGCUCCUGAGCGAGACCCGGAGGAUCAAGGGGCUCCGAGCGCUGGCUGGGCUGGUGUACAACUCCUCGGGCACGGAGCCCUGCUAUGACAUCUACCGACAGUACCAGGCCUGCGCGGACCCCACAGGCUGCGGCUCGGGCCCUGACGCCAAGGCCUGGGAUUACCAGGCCUGCACCGAGAUCAACCUGACCUUUUCCAGCAACAACGUGACCGACCUCUUCCCCGACCUGCCGUUCACGGAGGGCCUCCGCCAGCAGUACUGCCUGGACACGUGGGGCGUGUGGCCCCGGAGGGACUGGCUGCGGAUCAGCUUCGGGGCGGGAGACCUCAAAGCUGCCAGCAACAUCAUCUUCUCCAACGGUGACCUGGACCCCUGGGCAGGGGGCGGGAUACAGAGAAACCUCAGCACCUCCGUCCUCGCUGUCACCAUCCGGGGGGGAGCCCACCACCUAGACCUCAGAGCGUCUCACCCACAAGACCCCACGUCUGUCCGGGAGGCUCGCAGGCUCGAGGCCAGGCUCAUCGGCGAGUGGGUGGCCGCAGCCAGAAGAGAACAGCGGCUGCAGCUGGCCCAGCGUGAGGGACUCGGGGGGGCUCAGGAGCGCUCCCCGACUCGGGACCGGACAGGCCCGCUGGGGAGCAGCUCAGGGCGCUGGGGGUGAGGGGCUAAGGCCAAGGGAGGGGCCAAAGAAGCAUCUGGUGGCCUGGCUGUGCAUAGCACAGCGCAAAGCAUGGUGUCUGUGGUCCUCAUGGGGUGACAGACCGGGCACACUGCCACACCUCUCAAACCAGCCUCAUGUUUAAUAAAACAAAGCCCUCAACCUGUGUGUGGUCUCAGGGCAAGGGGUGGGCGCUGGGGCCCCCUGUGGCCGGCCCAGGCGUCCUUCCGGGUGGCCCACUGGAGAGGGGGGCCGCAAAGCUCUGCCCACGACUGCCACCGCGGC